ACAGACCUGCUGUGGCCUCAGAUGUCCAUGCAAAACCUUCUUUCAGAUGCGGAAAAUAAGGAGGAAUAACUCAAGAUGCCCUAUUGAUGACCAGCCGUUAAUAGAGGCAGAGCAAGGAAUUGGUGAUCAACAUGGUGACGCAGGUCUCCCCAUUGAAGAGUCCCAUGACACAGCACAAACUCAACAGCUAGUAAUCCCAAUACAAGAACAGCACUCACACUUCCAUCUGGGGGUUUGUGACGCCGGGGCAAGUGGAAGUUCUCACUAUGUCGAGGAAGAAGGAGCUGCAAGGCCCUACUAUCAGUGUGGACACCACCAGCUACCCUGCCAGCGUGAAGAUGAUAACCAGGCAAGUGGAUGGAGUCAGAGUUUUGCAAGAAUUCGUCAAGCUGGUGGCCGGACGACAAUACCACAAGGUGGUCAGUUCCACAAUAGAUUGAAUGUCCCUGUUGAAGAGCGGGGAUCAAACCAUGGAUAUCAUUGUGGAUAUGGUCUGCAAGAUAGAGUGACUUCCACUCAGCAGAGGGAACAAAUCACUGAGAAUUGCUGCGGCACACAAGAAUUGCAGCAGUUAUCAAAUGAAACCCUUCGCAGGCGAGUAGUAAUUUCGGAAAUUGUACAUUGGCCUUAUUUUUGCCGGUAAUCUUUUGUUUAAGAUUUGAGGACUUACUUUGAUCGUUGUUCCGGGCUCUAAGUUUUGAGAAACGCUGCAUGCUUUGUAUGUUCCUUACUGCUAAUAGUAGAUGCGUCUUUC